AACCCAUCCAGUCGUACUGGUUUCCACGUUGCAUGAGAUCGUGUUGUUCCCCAUAAAUAUCUUCCUCCCAAGGUCGGUGCUGAUCAGAGGCAGAAAUUUGAACGGCUGCACCGAUCUGCGGAAGUCACCGCAUCGCCUUUUGGCCGACUUGGAUUUUACGAGAGAAAAAAAAAAAAAAAAUUUUAUGGUUUGCCACUGGUUAAAAAACCUGCGUAGAAAUAUUCACAAAUGUAAAUGUGUAAUAGUCGUCAGUUGGCGGUGCGUUGUAUUUUUACUUUCACGCUUUGAACCCUCGGCACACGGGACAACAGCUCGCGUUGCAUGGGGCCGCCAACAAAUUAUGGAUCGACUUCGGAGCUUUACUCUGCGCAUGACCACGUGGUUCCCCUUCGACCCCCGCUGAGCUUGGAUACAAACACUCUGUACUAUCUCGUAUCGUACCGUGUGGAUUCCAAGAAUGUCGAGGCGAUGAUGGAGAGAAAAUUCGUUUCUGUUUGCUUAUGAAUUAUUAUCUUAUGCUUCUCCCUCUUCGUAAUUGCACCACUCAAUAAUUCACAAGAACGGAGUGCACGUACGAGAAAUUUGAAAACCGUACGCGAAAAUUGAACAGUUUGGAGAAAUAAUUUAUUGCAGAAAAUAUAAUGCAAAAUAAAUGGUUGUUCAAUUAGCGAUCUCGAUCUCGAGAGCCUUUCCAAAAUCUCUACAAAACAAGGCAGCGCAUGAAUAUGUACCCGCAUCGUUGAGGGUGGCUAUUAAUUAAAGCUUGAAAUAUGGCAUGCGCGUAAUUUUUUAAUCCCAUUGCACUUCCAACAAAGGAUUUUCAUGUCAGCCACGUCGUUUCCACAGCCCUUCGUACGGCUUUUUAUUGGCUACUGCACGGCAUCUCAAUGCCACGGGUACAAUAUUAGCGCAAAUGUAAUUUACAAAAGUGGCGGGGAAGUAAUUUAAAUCCAGCCAAAUGAGCGCCAAUCACGUUAUUUAGUGUAAUGUAAAUUAGGGCAAUUUUUCCUCCUAUAAACACUAAUUGAUACUCGAUAAAUUUUCCACGCCGGUGUGGAGAAUCCAUUCAUCUGACAACGAAUGAGAAUUCCAAAUUCGGUACAAGUUACAUGGUCCCAAUUUCCAAUUUUGCUUUGUACCACGCGUACACAAUAUUUUAUCAAUCGACUGUAAUUACGUACUCGUAGUGUUGGAUGUCCACACCAGGAUUAGUAAGGAUUCUGAAGGUAUAAUAGGUAUAGAUGUUUGUGUUAUUCGCGAAACAUGAUCCUGUCAACCUUGAAGAAGUCACGCGGUUGAAGCAGAGUCAAGAUCAUCGUCUCGCAACCAUGGGGGACAAGACGUUCAAUUUAACGUGGAACAACCACCUGGCGAAUCUUUCCGGACUAUUCGAGGGUCUUUACAGAAGCGGAUCUCUCACGGAUACGACUCUCGCUUGUCAAGGUGGCAUGCUCAGGGCGCAUAGACUCGUGUUGGCCGCUUGCAGCCCCUAUUUCGAAAGGGUAUUCAAAGAACAUUAUGGCGAUCAGCCAAUUCUCAUUCUCAAAGGUGUGGCGGUCGAAGAGAUGGAAUGUCUUCUGGACUUCAUGUACAGAGGAUCCAUCGACGUUGCCGAGGAGCAUUUAGCUUCGUUGAUAAAAACAGCGACGGAUUUGGAGAUCAGGGGACUUUCGGCUGACCAUAGAAACGAGAGUUCGAGUUACCGUCCGCCAAAUGUGAAAUCCUCCAACGCGCAAAACAGACUUCAGAGGUGUCAGAUAGAGACCAGUGUCCAGGCAAUCGAACGACGAACGGAUUGCAGAAGCUCCGGAACUUCGUCCAAUAUCUACCACCACAAACAGAAAGAGGAUGACAUAAAACUCGAAGAAAUCGAGGACGAUCCUAUGGUCCUGGAAAACGAAGAGGGCUUCGAAGCUUCCAUGGAUACCCCCGAGGAACAAAUUAGACAUAUCCCCCCGGCAAUGUACAAACGGGAGACCAGAUUCAAAGGGCAAAAACGGGUCCCAGUUGGUCGAGCUUCCAGGACGAACGAAGUUCUCGAUAUAAAAAUCAAGGACUGUGUGUCUCUGAAGAACACGCCGGGCGAGGCCUUGUUCGAAGAUAGCAUGUCGAUGUCCGCGAGCAGAGAAGAAUCCACAUUCGACAAUUGUUCGGAUCCAACGGUACCCACGGUACAUUUGAACGAGGAUAUUUUCGAACAGGAACAAGAUCUCGAUAAUUUAGGACCAACCAGUUCCGCGACUCCCACGGACUUGGACACGAAGCCGCAUUCUGUUAUUUCCGUAAAGUCGGAAGGAGGAACUGCGGGAAAGCGUGUCAACUCCAAAGAACACAAAGCGCAGUACAAACCGUUCUCUUGUGAUCUCUGUACGUUGGCUUUUACGAGGGCCUCUCAUCUCGCGAGGCACAGACGCGUUCACACGGGAGAACGUCCCUUCGCUUGCACCCUUUGCCCGAGAAUGUUUGCUAGGCAGGAUAAGUUAAAACAGCAUUUAGACUCCCAUCUUUUGUGGCCGAAGCGUCGAACCACCUCGGCAAAUCUUACCGGACACACGGUCUCCGGAACGGAGAGCAGCGGCACCCCGGCCAAGGGGAAACGCGGAAGACCGCGGAAGGUGACUUGCUGCAGCUGACCAUCUUAACUUCCUAAACAUACCUUCGGAACAGUCUGCUAUGGAGGAAAUUCUGAAAUUCGGUGAAUUUAGUUCACUGCUAAACAAAUCGCAACGAAUCGAGGGUGGAAAUGACGGAGAGAGUGUUACCUGCGUCAAGGAUGAGGCGUCGCUUUAC